UGAGUACCCUGACCUGCGGAAGCACAACAACUGCAUGGCCAGCAACCUGACGCCAGCCAUCUAUGCCAGGCUCUGUGACAAAGCAACCCCAAAUGGCUGGACCUUGGACCAGUGCAUCCAGACGGGUGUCGACAACCCCGGCCACCCUUUCAUCAAGACUGUGGGCAUGGUAGCUGGCGAUGAAGAAACCUACGAGGUGUUUGCUGACCUGUUUGACCCCGUGAUUCAGGAGCGGCACAAUGGAUACAACCCCCGCACCAUGAAGCACGUCACAGACCUGGAUGCCACCAAGGUAAAGUUUGGCCACUUCGAUGAGCGCUAUGUGCUCUCAUCCCGGGUCCGGACUGGACGCAGCAUCCGCGGGCUGAGCCUGCCGCCAGCCUGCACCCGUGCUGAGCGGCGAGAGGUGGAGAAGGUGGCCGUGGAGGCGCUGAAUGGCCUCACUGGAGACCUGGCAGGCCGGUACUACCGCCUCAGCGAGAUGACGGAAAAGGAGCAACAGCAGCUCAUUGAUGAUCACUUCCUCUUUGACAAGCCGGUGUCCCCGCUCCUGACGGCAGCAGGAAUGGCCCGGGACUGGCCCGACGCCCGAGGGAUCUGGCACAACAACGAGAAGACCUUCCUGAUCUGGAUCAACGAGGAGGACCACACGCGCGUCAUCUCCAUGGAGAAGGGUGGCAACAUGAAGCGCGUCUUCGAGCGGUUCUGUCGGGGCCUGAAGGAGGUGGAGCGGCUAAUCCAGGAGCGAGGCUGGGAGUUCAUGUGGAAUGAGCGGCUGGGUUACAUCCUGACCUGUCCCUCCAACCUGGGCACUGGGCUGCGAGCAGGUGUCCACAUCAAGCUGCCGCUGCUCAGCAAGGAUAGUCGCUUCCCUAAGAUCCUGGAGAACCUCCGGCUACAGAAGCGUGGAACAGGCGGUGUGGACACCGCAGCUACUGGCAGCAUCUUCGACAUCUCCAACCUGGACCGGCUGGGGAAGUCAGAGGUGGAGCUGGUGCAGCUGGUGAUAGACGGUGUGAAUUACCUGAUUGACUGUGAGCGGCGGCUGGAGAAGGGGCAGGACAUCCGCAUCCCCUCCCCGGUGCCGCAGUUCCGGCACUGAGCUGGACCAAGGCAGUGCCAGCCCUGUGGGACCCAGCUCCCCCCGUAGCUUAUGCGAUCUCUGUGCCCAGCAUGUCGCUGCAUCCUGUUACCCGCAACGCGCCAGGCCAGACCCCAUAAACGUGCGCUGCUG